CGGCGGGCAGGGAGGUAGGCCGUGGCUGCAGGCAGUGUGGGGCGGGCAGGCCCGAUCGGCCCGGGUCCCCGGGGUGCUGCACCCUCGCCGCGUGCAAUAAGCGAUUCCUCCAGACCGGGGACCCCGGGCCUGGCGGGGGUCCGAGAGUCGGUUCUCCCAGAUCCCGUGUUUCCCGAACCGAGCGACCGAGCCCAGUGUCCUGCAGAGGACGCUCGCCGGCGCGUUCUCACCACUGUCAAUGUGUCACCCCUUUGCCUAGCUCCACCCCGCGGGCUGGGAAACCUGGCAGCAGACGAUCCCCAGUCCCCCGGGCCCAGGCACCGCGCUGCCCCUCCUUGUCUCCUCCCGGCCACGCGCUACGAGCCCGGGAUGCAGCUCUCCAGCAGGGCGGCAGCCAGGGAGGCGGCGAGCCGCGACGUGCUGGCCGCGGACCUCCGCUGCAGCUUCUUCGCCUCGGCGCUGCAGAGCUACAAGCGAGACUCGGUGCUGCGGCCCUUCCCCGCCUCCUACGCCCGCCACGACUGUAAGGACUUCGAGGCCCUGACUUCUCUGUUUGGAGAGGGGACCUACCUCACAAGUGACUUGAGCCUGGCCCUCAUUUACAGCCCUCACGGCCACGGGUGGCAGCAUAGCCUCCUUGGCCCGAUCCUUAGCUGCGUAGCUGUGUGUGAGGUCAUCGACCAUCCAGAUGUCAAGUGCCAAACCAAGAAGAAGGAUUCCAAGGAAAUAGACCGCAGCAGAGCAAGAAUCAAGCACAGUGAAGGGGGAGACAUCCCCCCUAAGUACUUAGUAGUCACCAAUAACCAGCUUCUGCGGGUGAAGUACCUACUGGUGUAUUCCCAGAAGCAGCCCAAGAGGGCCUCAAGCCAGCUCUCCUGGUUAUCCAGCCAUUGGUUCAUGGUCAUGAUGUCCCUGUAUCUGCUGCUGCUGUUCAUUGUGAGUGUCACCAACUCCUCCGCUUUCCAACACUUCUGGAAUCGGGUGAAGAGAUGAUCCCAGGUGCCUGGAAUGGGGCCACUCACCAUGUGCCUUAUGGAAACUCGUCCUCUACCUCCUGCAUGUCACAUCCGGUCGGGUCGAGUCUGGGGACCAGCUGCAGGGGUGCACAGGAUGAUUUUUAUAUGCCAUAAGUGUACUGAUUGCCUUUACUGAUGUGCCCAGACACAGUCCAGCCAAUGGGGGGAGCCCUGGCCCCUCACGUGUUGGUUUCAGGGGUGUCCUACCAUCUGCUUCUUCCUAAGAUGAAGGGAGGUGGCUGGCUCUUCAGCCAGGGCCAAAGGAAAAAGUCCUGCUGCAUUUAAAAGCAAAGUGUCCAAGUUGUCCGUGGUGUGUUUACAAUUGCCCAGAUGGAGGCCGGCCCUGACGCUAAUGCCUUUUGGAAGACAGAACAUGUGCAACGGAAUGAUAAUCAUUAGGCGGCUGCCUUGUUUUGACUCAAGACACCCAAGAGGGACAGUCGUGUUUCUCAUAAAAAUAUCAGUGGGAUCGUUUGGGGAUUCCAUCGGCUUUAGUCUGCGGGUGCAAAACAUUCUAACGGUUUUCUCAGAUCAACAACAGUCUCUGCCACAGCUGAACCCCUUCUCCUCCUUAACCACACAAGAGGAGGAGCCACGGGCGGGAUAACAAAAUGCAGAUUCAACAACUAGCAACUCUGUCAUCUUUUUCUAAAAAUGACCAGCUGCUGAUUACAGCUCAAACGGAACCAAAUGUUUGCGUUUUCUGUUUUUGUGGUUUGUUUGUUUGACAAAUUAGCCUCUACGAGCUAAAUAGAGGGGGAGAUGUGUGAACCCGGAGCACCAAGUGGCGGGGUCCACAGCCUCUUUCUGGUUUUGUUAUGGAGAAGGGUCCAAGCCAUAGGCUCACAAGGGUCCCACAAAGCUGCCUUGAUAUACAACACUGUAGGCUUUCAGGGGCCUGGUGGCCUUCAAGGCAGAGCCUGCCUCAGUGGGCCACAGAUCUCCAUGAGCUGAGUCUCCGUCCGAGGAGUCUGAGCUUGAGUUGUGAGCAGAGCCCCGGUCAUCCUUGCGGUGUUGUUUAUUCCUUCCUUCCUGCCAGGCUCCAACCGCUGAAGAACCCUGUCUCCUGGGAGUGGAAUUUCCAUAGAGCAGGAGAAAUAAUUUCCCCUAUAAUUUGUAUAUCUUGUGAAAAAGCAACCAUGAUGACUUUUAAAUCCAGUAGUGGGACAUUUAAAAAAAAAACAAAACAAUAAAGAUA